GCCCGGCUCGGCUCGGCUCGGCGCUGCCGGUGGCCGCGGCGGGACAGAAAAGAAAUGAACGUCAGAGGGGAUUUGUUUAAUCAUUUAACAGCUGACACAAGCCAUGUCCCUAACAAAAUGUUGCUGAAAGAGUAGAAGAUUUCUGGCAUACAGCGGCUCCGGUACCAUGAAACCACUCCAGCGAGUCAGGGGCAGCACCUGCUGAAGGAUGCAGUAACCCAGGAGUCCGGGCUUGCCGGGACGAGGCCGAUGGCUUGCAUGGAGCUUCUCUACCUGGCCGAGGAGAACAGGCAGGGGUCCCUGGGCACUGCUGCGGGCUGGAGCCUGUCUUCCUCUCCCAAUGAGCAGCAGCAGCAGCAUGAGGGAGGCGAGGUGGACCCCAGAGCAGCCUCUGCUGUGGCAGCCCUGCAUUGCAAGCCCUCAGAGAGGGGUCCCAUGGCAGAGCCCACCCCGGUUCCCUUGUCCUCUGCCUCGGGCCCCUUGCCCUGGGAGCACCCAGCACCCCCCGGCACCUCCCAGCCUUGCCACCUGCCCGAGAGCUUCCCGGGGGAAGAGGACGCGGGGAAGAAGAAAGUCUGCUGCUGUGCCCAGGAACUCGAGACGUCAUUCACCUACGUGGAUGAAAAUGUGAACCUGGAGCAUGCAACAAGUCCCCCUAGUCCAACAGGCUGUCGGGAUGCUCCUCAGCAGCGCUCCUGCCGGGAGCUGCCUCCCGAGUGGGUGCACGAUUCCCCUUCCCUAGUCUCCGAGGAGGAUGACACGGCCUCGGAGGUGGCAGCUGGGAAAUCCGUGGACUACGGGUUCAUUAGUGCCAUUUUGUUCCUCGUUAGUGGGAUUUUGCUGGUGAUCAUUUCCUACGUGGUACCCAGAGACGUGACUGUGGAUCCCAACACGGUGGCUGCCCGGGAGAUGGAGAGACUGGAGAACGAGAGCGCCAGGAUCGGGGCUCACUUGGACCGCUGUGUGAUCGCCGGGCUGUGUCUCUUAACCCUGGGGGGAGUGGUGCUCUCCAGCCUGCUGAUGAUGUCCAUGUGGAAAGGGGAGCUGUACCGGAGGAGCAGGUUUGCAUCCUCCAAGGAGUCUGCAAAGCUCUAUGGGUCUUUCAAUUUCAGAAUGAAAUCUGGUGCAAAUGAUAACAUGCUCGAGCUGUCGUUAGUUGAGGAAGAUGUGCUUGCCGUAGAUAAUUAGAGUGGUCAUGAGUUUUUAAGGCAGCGUUUCUAUGAGAAAACAUGUUUCAUUAAAGAAAACAGAUGUGGCUAAAGAUAGCUGGUGAUGCAUUUAUUUGUCUGACAAGAACAUUUUUUUCUUAAGCUCUGUAAUCGAAUGUUAGCAGUAUAUGAGCACGUGUUGUAAAGGGAAAACAUGCCAGAG